CCUUGGACUAAGGUCCCCAUCAACCCUUACCUUUUUCAUUUUCUCCCCUGAACAAUGGGUGCAAUGUGCACCCAUAUGCAUAGGAAAAAGAAAAAAGCAGGUAAAGUCUUUGGUUCAGUUCAUGGUCCUUCAUGAACUCUUUUUCUUCUCUGGAAGAUCAGGGUCAUGUUUGAGUUGGGGAGGUUGAUUACUUUCUGCUUUAAGGUAGGAAGAAACUAUAUAUAUUUAACAUGAAGACAUUCCAUUCUCUGAUAGAGCCUCCCCUGGAGAAUUUUGGAUUCUAAUGGUCACUUUAGUUUCUCCUACUCUUCUUCAAUGUCAUCUUGUCUUCCUUGAGCCUCAAAUGAUCCUUCUCUCUACUUCUUACUCUCUCUCCUUCUCUCUCUCUCUCUCUCUCUCUCUCUCUCUCUCUCUCUCUCUCUCUCUCUCUCUCUCUCUCUGUCUCUCUGUCUCUCUCUAUCUCUCUGUCUCUCAACUUUCUUUAUUUCUUCUAUCUUUUCUCCCUCUCUUUUCUCUUUCUUUUUUGGCCUUCUUUUCUGUACCUUUCCCAAAAUCUUGUGUUUAUGUCUCUUCUGUCCCAUUCUCUUUUUUUCCUCCGCUAUUCUCUUCUUGUCUUCCCUCCUUUCAUCUGCUGUCCCUUGCCUCGUCCUUCCCUGCCCUCACCUUCUCUCCAAAACUUGUUCCCUCUGAAUUUUUCUUCUUUUCUUUUCCCUUCUCAAACUACAGGGUAUCAACAUAAGCUGCCAGGAAUCAGAUCCACAAAGAGUAAGUUUUAGAUUUCUUUAUUGUCUGUUUGUAUCUAUAUUUAUAUCAUUUUCUUUAAUGAGACACUACAAUGAAAGAUUUUUUUUUUAUCUUUUUGGAAGGGAUUAAUGUAGGGCAGAGGAUUAAAAGUGGUGUUAGGGAUUCUUAGAAUUAGAUACACUAUUAGAUAUGGCCAAAGUUUAGACUUCAUUUACUCAUUUGUCUAUUCUCUUUUUGCUACUCAAAAUAUAUAUAAAUAGUUCAAAAGGGAAAAUUAUCCCAUGGGCCUGGGAAAGCAGGCUGUCCCUAUCUCUUUCUUGUUCAAAAUUAAGAGUCAGACCUUGUAGUCUUUGUAAUCUUCUGAUACAUUGAGGGGAUCUCCCAACAUUCCAGAGAGACUUGUGGCUCUCCCUUAUAUUCUUCAUUCACCAAAGUUGCCCAAUAAUUUUCAUUAAUAAUGUUUUUAUUCUCUGCUCCUUCAAUAACUACACUCUCUCAAACCAGUGUCUUGCUCGGUUGCUCUCAGAUUUGAGACUCAUCAGAAAAGAGAUGAUAGAUAAAUUUAUGUGAGUUUAUGAGCACUGAGUGAAAUCCCAUAUAAGAAGAGAAGAAGAGCCUAGUUCAAAACCUUGUAGGGCACCUACAUGAAGGACUUAAUUAAGUAAGAAUCCAGCAAAGGAGACUAAAACAGGAUAAUCAGAGAAGUCCUAGGACAACCAGGAGAGUUUUGUUAUGAAAAUUAGAGAAUUUGGGUAUCAAGGAGUGCAGAGAUCUUAAGAAGAAUGAGGAUUAAGAAGAAGGCCAUUAAGAGAUUUUUGCAAUUUCAUUUGAAUGAUGAAGUUGAAAACCAGACUGUAGUUCAAAAAAAAGAGUAGGAAGAAGGGAAGUAGAAGCACCUUUUAUAGAUAGCAUUUUCAAAAAUUUCAAUCCCAAAGGGAAGAGAGAGAUAGGAAAUGAUAGCUAUCAGGGAUAGAUGGAUAAAAUGAAGGCUGUUUUUCAUUUGGGGUUGAAGGAAAGCUGCCAGUAGAUGAGGAGAGUUUGAAAACAAAAUGAAACAAUGGGAAUACUAGAGAGAUUCUCUGCUCGAUGAAUGAUGAAGAAAAAAGAGCACAUAUUUUGGAGGUUCCUUCAAAAUAUAAGGGAACAACAUAUUGUCCUUUCUACCCCAAGUCCUGUGGCUGAGAUUUAUGUUCUCAUUUAUUCUUCUAGUGAGUGAGAUUGGUGUAGGGCCCUUCACCCAUAUCCCAGACCAUGGAGCAGCAGGAGACAUGACAUCAGUGACCAGUGAAUCUACUGUAUGUGCCAUGGGUAAGAAAAGAUUUCUUUUUCUAUUAUAUUGGUAUUCAUCCUUGCUCUGGGCCCUUGUUUUCCAGGUUUGAGAUAUGAUAUGGACUCAUCUUCAUAGUCUGAGAACAGGAGGCUCACUGAUGGGGGAGUUUGUGAUUAGGUUGUAAGACCUGGCAACUUCCUCUGUCCCAUUACUGUCUGCCCAGAUGUAUACUGUGAUGCCAGCCUUUGGAUGAAGAGCUCAUGGAGGAUUUUGUCCAUUUCUUGUGUUAGUUUGUGUGUAUAUAUAUAAUUUACUAGGAUAAAAGUCAGCUACUGGAGGACAGGCUUUUCUAUGCCCAGCACCUAAAACCCUGAAUGGGGUACCUGAUUCUUAACAAAUGAUUACUGCUUCAUUUUCCAUUUAACCUGAGCAGAGAUAUCUAUCAGGAAGUUUAUCUGAGCCACGCGCCUUAUCUCAUCUGAGGGCAAGAUGACAGGACAGAUCCAUCUAUAUAUCAGUCUCAGCUUAUUUAAUACUUUCUCAUGGUGGCCAUGCACCCUAGAGCACAAGUAGAUCCUAAUUCCUGUCACAGUCUUUUUGUUUUGAAAGUGCUUGUCAGGGAGAAGGUGCUAAUGUGAGGGGUUGGGGAUUGGUUGCUCUUCUCAGGAAGUUCAAAAUCCUCACAGGCUCUGGGGAUCUCUGUCCAAAUGACUCCAAACUUCCCCCAUCAACCCUUAGGCACACUUCAACUAACUGCUUUGGUCACAGGAUUCUCUACUGAGACUUCAGGGACACUGAAGAAAGUGAGUGGAUCUGACCAGGGAAGAGAACCAACAAACUCCACCAGUAUCCCUAUGACUGGCUUGUCCAUUUCUUGUGUUAGUUUGUGUGUAUACAUAUAAUUUACUAGGAUAAAAGUCAGCUACUGGAGGACAGGCUUUUCUAUGCCCAGCACCUAAAACCCUGAAUGGGGUACCUGAUUCUUAACAAAUGAUUACUGCUUCAUUUUCCAUUUAACCUGAGCAGAUAUCUAUCAGGCAGUUUGUCUGAGCCAGGAUCCCUAUCUCAUCUGAGGGUAAGAUGACAGGACAGAUCCAUGUAGAUGAUGAUAUGUAGAUAUCAGUCUCUUCUUAUUUAAUACUUUCUCAUGGUGGCCAUGCACCCUAGAGCAGUAGAUCUUAAUCUCUGUCACCGACUUUUUUGUUUUGAAAGGGCUUGUCAGGGAGAAGGUGCUAAUGUGAGGGGUUGGGGAUUGGUUGCUCUUCUCAGGAAGUUCAAAAUCCUCACAGGCUCUGGGGAUCUCUGUCCAAAUGGCUCCAAACUUCCCCCAUCAACCCUUAGGCAUACUUCAACUAACUGCUUUGGUCACAGGAUUCUCCACUGAGACUUCAGGGACACUGAAGAAAGUGAGUGGAUCUGACCAGGGAAGAGAACCAACAGACUCCACCAGUAUCCCUAUGACUGGCUUUAUCGGGAGAGAUUCCAUUGCUGACACUGAAACGGACAUACGUGUCAUGGAGACAACUCCAAGAGCCACAGCCACUCAAGACCCACUUCUCACUGUGCCCACUGGAACAGGUGACCUCAUCCCUGGGAUGCACAGGAGAACUGUGUCCUCUCCCACCGAAACCUCAGCUCCAUCUGAGAUAUCCUCUGGAGUCACCAUUGCCAUUGCAAGGACCUCACUCUCCAUGACUCCAGUAGAAAUCACAGCUAGCCCCGGCUCCAGUGCUCCCUUAAACAUCAGCCUAUUGGGGACAAUUUUUUUAUACCCCUUGCAGACAUACCUGUAGCUGAAAUAACUAUUGGAGAGAGUUCCAGUAUCCCCCUGUCUCCAUGGCCCACUCCAGUUGAUUUUUUGACUAUUGCUGUCUCAGCCCCAGGAACUGAAAUAACCUCCAUUGUGCCUCUAUCAUCAAUUCCAAGAGCCUCAAGUGCCACAGAAACCAUACCAAAUCCAGAUUUGUCAGUGAGACCUACCACACUAGAGCCAGGCUCAGCUGCCCUAACUUUCACUGCUCCCCACAUCAUUCCAACACCGUCUGGAGAAGACACAAACACCCCAUUGUUGUCUAUAGAAGGACCAACAGAAGAUAAAACAGUGUCCAGCACCUUCCCAGCAAAUGCAGACACCCCUGGUAUCACUCAACGGGAGCACUUCUUCAGAGGUCCUGGAGUAACUUUUCAACCUGGCAGGGCCUCUACUUCUCUGCCCAAUUUUCGUGAAGGGACCAGUUACUCCAGAACUGUCCCCUCACCCUCUUUAGAAAGGAGGAAAACCACUGCCAUGAUUGGAGUCUGGACAAGCCCAGCUGAACCUCUCACUCCGGAGCCCAAGAAGCCCACCCCUGCUGAGGGUUCACUCUGUGUUGGACCAGUGCCUGAAUUUAGCAGCAGGGAAAGUGGACUUUUACAGACUAGCUUGGCCUCUGCUGUGACCUUUAACUCUCCACUACUGAGCACCAUUGCUUCUAGCAGCAUGGAUGAAGACACAGAAAUGGUGUCAGGAUUAGCUUCCUGGACAGCCAGCUCCUCAUCACAAGUAGAAGUCAGUCCUCCUAAUCUGGUUGCCACCACAGGAGAUGAACCCUCUCUGGGAACAGAACCUCACAAUGCCAUCCACGAAUCUCUGAGCCCAAGAACAGGCUCCUUUCCUGCCUUAAGUACUCCCACAGCCUGCACAAGAACAGCUUCCCUUGAGCCUGCUACUUCAUUGGAGGACCAAGGGCCAGCCUGCCUGACUCCAGAGACUGAGAGAAACCCACAGGCAACACCAACUCCAGCUAUCACCCUGCCUCCAGCCAGCACACAGGAAGUUUGCACAACAGCAUCUCCCAGUCCUCCUGACACAAACACAGAGGGCAGCAGUGUCCAGGCAGGGACAGCCUCUGUUUCUGAUCAGGUGCCUUCCACUUCCAGCCUCUUCCCAAGAGGUGAUGCUGGUGUGGUGCCAGUCACACAUGCCCAAGGCCAUGAUGUACCAGGAAGCACAGUAACACCAAUAAGGAGCCCCCUGACCCCUGUGUCUACUAUUAUUCCCUCAGCAGGGAGAUACAACUGGAAGAGCUUCAUCCUUAACUUCACCAUCACCAACAUGUUUUAUACAACCAAGAUGGCUCAAAGGGAUUCCAGCACAUUCCGUCUUCCUGAAUGUUUCCUGCAGCGCAUGUUCAAGGUAUUGUUUGAAAGAAGCAGCCUUGGCUCUCAGUAUUGUGGAUGCAAUGUGACCUUGCUGAGGUCUAUGAAAAAUGGGGCAGCAACAGGAGUGGAGGUUAUAUGUUUUUAUAAGGAAGUUUUCUCUGUCCCCGUCUUGGACAAGAAGAAGAUUUACCAAGAGCUGAGUCAAGAGACUAAUGGAAUAACAAGGCUUGGACAUUAUAUUCUAGAUAAGAAAAGCCUCUAUGUGGAUGAAUCAGUCUACCACCAUGGGACCAGAAGAUGGAGGAAACUCUACCGAAUGAAUGGGCAUCUGUUUCAAUCCAAAUGUUUUAACAGAAGAGCCUACUGUGGCCAGUGCAGUGAAAGGAUAUGGUGUCUCGGAAGGCAAGGCUACAAGUGUAUCAAGUGCAAAUUACUGGUCCAUAAAGGUUGUCAUAUUCUUGUACCACGGACCUGCAAAAGGCAUAUGAAUUUGGUGAUGCCAUCCCAAGAACCUCAAGUAGAGGAUAAAAAUGAUAAAGUUGACCUUCCCUCCGAAGAAAAUGAUGGACUCGCUUAUGUUCCCUCAACCUGGAAACAUGACAGCCUUAAAGAUGAUUCUGGGGACAUUAAGCCAGUUAUCGAUGGGAUGGAUGGAAUUAAAAUAUCUCAGGGGCUCGGGCUACAGGACUUUGAUUUAAUCAGAGUUAUUGGACGGGGGAGUUAUGCCAAAGUUCUCUUAGUGCGAUUGAAAAAGAAUGACCAGAUUUAUGCCAUGAAGGUAGUCAAAAAGAAGUUCGUCCAUGAUCAUGAAAACACCAACUGGGUGCAGACAGAGAAGCAUGUAUUUGAACAGGCCUCCAGUAACCCUUUCCUUGUUGGCCUGCACUCCUGCUUCCAAACAAGAAGUCACUUAUUCCUUGUCAUCGAGUAUGUGAAUGGAGGGGAUCUUCUGUUUCAUAUGCAAAGGAAAAAUAAGCUUCCGGAGGAACAAACCAGGUUUUAUGCUGCUGAAAUAUGUAUUGCUCUAAACUUUCUCCACGAACGAGGAAUUAUCUACAGGGACUUAAAACUAGAUAAUGUCCUCCUAGAUUCUGAAGGUCACAUCAAAUUAACAGAUUAUGGCAUUUGCAAGGAAGGUUUGGGCCCAGGUGACACAACAAGGACUUUCUGUGGGACACCAAAUUAUAUUGCCCCAGAAAUCCUAAGGGGAGAAGAAUACGGGUUCAGUGUGGACUGGUGGGCUCUUGGUGUCCUGAUGUUUGAGAUGAUGGUAGGAAGAUCGCCAUUUGAUAUAAUCACAGACAAAUUGGACAUGGACACUGAAGAUGACCUCUUCCAAGUUAUCCUUGAGAAGCCUAUUCAAAUCCCCAGAUUUCUCUCUGUCAAAGCUUCCCAUGUUUUAAAAGGAUUUUUAAAUAAGGAUCCCAAAGGGAGGCUUGGUUGCCAACCACAAACGGGAUUUUCAGAUAUCAAAUCUCAUACGUUCUUCCGUAGCAUAGACUGGGAUCUGCUGGAGAAGAAGCAAGCCCUCCCUCCAUUUCAGCCUCAGAUAACUGAUGAUUAUGGUCUGGAUAACUUCGAUACACAGUUCACCAGCAAACCUGUGCAGCUAACCCCAGAUGAUGAGAAUGUAAUAAAAAGAAUAGACCAGUCAGGAUUUGAAGGAUUUGAAUACAUCAAUCCUCUGUUGCUUUCUACAGAAGAGUCAGUGUGAAGAAAUGGCAUCUCCACUGUGGAUAAAUAAUGUGAAUGAACUAUUAAAUUUAUCCAUAACUACAGUAUAUGCAUGCAAGGCUGGGGAACUGUAAGGUUUUGAGUGGAGACCAAUGAUUUUUUAAAAAAUUGCUGCUGAAAAUCAAAGAAGAGAAUAGAUUUUGGUGGGUAUCUUCCUCUACGUAAUACUAGUUUUCAGUUUGGGGCACUGACAUGAUUGGCUUCUUUUCUGAGGGAAUGUGCACAUGUGCUUGCUUCCCCGAAGAAUCUCAUGUUUGUUACAUCCUCGGGAAAGGAAUGUUCAAACGACUUUGAAGGUGCACACUUUCUGCAGAACAAAACUUGAUGCAAUGGCCAACAAUUUCAAGAAAAUUUGUGUAAUAUCCUAAAGAAUAAAAUGUUACAGUGGUGUUGAACCUCAAAAAAAAUUAAUUUUAAUUUGCAUGUCCAAUUCAUUGAUCUCUGCUCUUACUAAUUUGUUAAUGUAUGAACUCAAGGAUAUACAUUUCCCCCUGAGUACUGCUUUGGCUGCAUCCCAUAGGUUUUGAAAGGAUGUCUCAUCAUUGUCAUUUUCUUCACUGAAAUUAUUGUUUCUAUGAUUUGUUCUUUGACUAAUCAGUUUUGGAGAAUCAUAUUGUUUAAUUUCCAAUUAAUUUUUUAUUUACCUCUCCAUGUACCCUUACUAAUUAUUAUCUUCAUUGCAUUGUGAUCUGAGAAGGUUCCAUUUAUUAUUUCUGCUCUUUUGCACUUGUUUACAAUGUUUUUAUUCCCUAAUACAUGGUCAAUUUUUGUUAAUGUACCAUGUGCUGCUGAAAAGAAGGUGUAUUUUUUGUCCCUAUUUAUUUUUCUCCACACAUCUACAGAUUUCAUUUAUUUCUCUUACCUCUUUCUUAUUUAUUUUUUGGUUUGAUUCAUCUAGUUCUGAUAGAGGAUGGUUCAGGUCUCCCACUAGUAUAGUUUUUCUAUCUAUUUCAUCCUUGAGCUCCACUAGUUUCUCCUUUAGAAAUUUGGAUACUGUGCAAUUUGGUGCAUACAUGUUGAGUAUUGAUAUUUUCCUCAUUAUCUACAUUCCCUUUAUCAGAAAGUAAGUACCUUCCCUAUCUCUUUUAACUAGAUUUAAUUUAUUCUUACUUUGGCUUUGUCAGAUAUUAUGAUUGCGACUCCUGCCUUCUUUUUAUCAGUUGAUGCCCAAUAGAUUUGGAUCCAUCCUCUUACUUUCACCCUAUGUGAAUCUACUUUCUUCAUGAGUAUUUCUUGGAGACAGCAUAUGGUAGCGUUUUGGAUUAUUAUCCACUCUGCUAUUAGCUUGUGUUUUAUGGGUGAGUUCAUUCCAUUCACAUUCAGAGGUAUGAUAAUCAGCUGUGUAUUUCCCAGCAUUUUGAUUUCUACUUCUAGCUCUGCCUUUUCUUCAUUCACUAUUUCCUUCUACACCAAUCUUUUUUUUUAAUUAGUCCCAUUAGUUCCCACCCUUAAUAUACUUCCCUUUCUACCCCCCUCCCUUCUUAUUCCCCCCUUAUUUUCAUUACAGUAUUUUUAAAAUUAUCUCUCACCCUCUCCCUUCCUUAUACUGCUUCCCUCCCAACCAGUCCAUUUGUUGCCCUUCUAUGCCCCUAUAGGGCACGAAUCUAUUCUCUGGCCCAAUGGAUUGGAUUGUUCUUCCCUCUUUAGGUCAAUUUCAAUGCACGUGAGAUUUGAGUAUUUUCUAUCACCAACAUUUUUACCUUUCUAGUGUGUUGAUGUUUUCCCUUCUCCCAC